CGCGAUAUCAGCAGCCAUACCCCACGAUGCGUUUACAUGCUGUAUUAGGCCUUGCAGCUUGUCUCGCGCCGGUAUCUGCCAUCUUCGAGGAUGACGCCUAUCACAUCGACUUCCACUAUGCGCUAUUAGGCCUACCCAAGCACGAUACUACCUUCUUCCAGAAGCCGUACGGAGGUUCAAAAGCCUCUCUGCUGUACUCAGUUUCAGAGAACCAGACAAUUGGCGCCAUAAAUCCGAAGGACGGAGCUCUUGUUUGGCGACAGCACCCUGUGUUAGAACCCCGUGGGAAAGGCCACCUAAGGGCAGCAGACGAGCAGGACACAGUCGUCAGCGCUGUAGGAAACCGAGUAACGGCUUGGAGCUCAUCAGACGGCAGGCUGGUAUGGGAGACAAUUGUAGACGGAGCAGUUGUUGAAGACUUAGAGAUUCUGGAGCAGGAAGAUGGCAUCACAAAAGACGAAGCUAAGGACGCCAUUGUUCUGGUGUCUGGUACCAGCCAUGGCGUCAAGAGGCUUGAUGGGAAGACUGGUCGCGUGAAAUGGACAUACGAGGAUACCAGCAGUGACACACCCUUCCAAGUAUCUACCUCGCCUACGACCAUCUACUACAUCUCGCUACAUUCGUCUAUGAUCGGUGCAGGGUCAAAGUUGAAGGUUACUUCUCUGAGCCCUAUCACUGGCAAGAAGCUCGACCAGUACACACUCAGUUCAGACACCGAGAUCACAUCGAGGGACCACAUCGUAUUUGCUGGAGCGAACACAGCAGCACCUAUACUGGCAUGGACAGAUAAGACCAAUAAGGUUCUCAAGGUCAACAUCAUCGGCACGAAGGCUGUGGCAAGCUUCUACACACCAGGAGAGGACCCUAUUGAGAAGGUUGUUCUGCAUGCACCGGGGCACGUUAACUCUCAAGCACACUUUCUUGUUGAGUACCAGACACCUUUCGGACACUCUGCUGAGGUCUACCACGUCGACCUGAAGAAGAACACCGUGUCGAGGGCUUAUACCCUCCCAGAGCUGCAGGUCAGGGGUACCUUUGCUACUAGCACAACGGAUGCCAACGUCUACUUUGUCAGAGUUACUGAAGAUGAAGUUAGCGUGGUUUCUUCGGCAUCGCAUGGCAUCCUUGGUCGCUGGCCUACAACCAGGUCGCCUGCUUUGGCGGGAGGCUACCCUGUACACGCAGUCUCAGAGGUUGUUGUUAAGUCCGGAGCAGCCACUGCCGCCAGGUCAGCUGUACUGUUCUCCAAUGGACAGUGGGCUCUGAUUCGCAACGGUGAAAUCGCCUGGACUAGGCCAGAAUUUCUGUCGCAAGUUUCGUCUGCUGUAUGGGCAGGUUUGCCAGAAGUUGAAGCGCUCGCAGCCGAGCUAGAAGUCGAGCGUCACCAGAAUGUAGUGUCAGCUUACAUUCAUCGGGUGAAGAGGCACGUCCAGGAUCUUGAGCAUUUCCCAGCGUGGGCGCAGAGCCUUCCACAGCGUCUUCUUGGCAGUGUUGUCGGCAAGCCAAAGCAGACUACUGUCGACGACAUUCAGCAGGAUACUUUCGGCUUCCACAAGCUAGUUAUUGUUGCAACCGAGAAGGGUCGUCUUGCGGCGCUUGAUGUGGGCUCUCGUGGUAAGGUGUUGUGGAACAUGCACCUUACGCAGUUCGCCGAUACCAUAUUUGAGUAUCCUACCCUGAAGGCCCACAGUGGCUAUGUCGAGGUCAAGGACCCAAGCUUCGAUGGCUCGUUUUUCAUCAACUCUACUACAGGCGGUCUGGCAUCGUCGGUCAAUCUUCAGAUGCAUGGACCCUUGGUCGCGGAAGGACAGAAGCUCGUGUCCUUUACCUUGACGAAUGGUGUUCUCACAGGAUCUCUCGAAAAUCAGCCAAACAUUGAAUCUGUUUGGACUUUCGAACCUCCGAGCGGUGAGCGCAUAGUUGGUUACGCCUCGCGGCCACUCAAAGAUCCUGUUGCCUCCAUUGGUAAGGUCUUGGGUGACCGAAGAGUGCUCUACAAGUACUUGAACCCUAACCUUGUCCUGGUCACAGCGGUAUCAGAGUCUACUCGUACGGCCUCGGUCUAUCUGUUGGACUCUGCUUCAGGCCAGCUGCUCCACGCCACGUCGCACUCUGACGUGGACACCUCUCGACCCAUUCCCUCCACCAUUUCGGAGAACUGGUUCAGCUAUUCUCUGACCAUUGACUCGACUGCUUCGCCAGAAUCUCGUGGCUACCAGCUCAUCGUCUCUGACCUCUACGAGUCUCCGCUUCCUGACGACAGGGGCCCAUUGGGCGCUUCUUCUAAUUCUUCGACUGUGAAGCCGUCGAGCGCCCAGGGGGAUGCCGCAAAGCCAUACGUGUUGUCGCAAAGCUACCAAAUCGCCGCAGAGAUUUCGCACAUGGCGGUAACCCAGACGAGACAAGGUAUCACUAGCCGGGAGCUAAUUAUCACAAUCCCUUCCACGAACUCUCUUGUUGGUAUUCCCCGCCAGGUCAUUGAUCCACGCCGCCCCAUUGGUCGUGAUCCUACUCCAAACGAACAGGCAGAGGGGCUCACCAGAUAUACCCCUCUGCUCCCUCUCGAUUCGAAGUGGCACCUGACCCACAAGUACGAGGUCUUGGGCAUCAAAGAUGUUAUCACUAGCGAAAGUGGUAUCGAGAGUACAAGCCUGGUCUUUGCUUACGGUCACGAUAUCUUCGGCACACGAGUCGCUCCCAGUUUCGCGUUUGAUAUCCUGGGCAAGGGUUUCAACAAGAUUCAAAUGCUUCUUACCGUAGCUGCAUUGUUUGUCGGCGUUUUGUUCGUUGCUCCGUUGGUCAGGAGAAAGCAAAUCAACACCCUUUGGACGAUACCUUAGAUUCCCAUAGUUCGACGUGAUGCAAGAACCAUGUAUAGAAUUCAAAUAUCAUUUUCGAACAAAGCGAAGGACUGCCCAGGUGUAUAUCAAUCGACCAGCCACCUUGCUCCAUGUACAGGAGGGAUUCUACCCGCGUGUUGUUACCGAACAGCAUGAUGUCAUGCAUCUAGACUAGGUAGACUUUUGGAGAAGUGGAGCUGAUUUCCGACGAAGCUAGCCAUUAUGCCGUGCUAAGUCCGCAUAAACCCUCCUCGUACGAACGGGGAUAUCAACUCUCUAG